UUUCUGCGCCGGCGUGAGCCUCAUCGGCCCCCGUUGGACGCGCCGCCGUGUGACCAGCGGUUCCCCUCACGGAGCGGGGCAGAGCGGAGCGGAAGGUGGGCGGCGGAGCGCAGGAGGCCAGGCCGCUGGGCGAGGGUCGCGGGAUGGCAGCGAUUGUCAGAGAGACCCAGAGUGGUCCUGGACUUCCGAGAUCGAGAGAGUGGAAUUUUCCCAGUGCAAUGGAUUUAGCACUUUCCCAUAUAGGUUUCACUGUCAUCAUUAGUUACAACGGACAACCAACACUCAUAAAGGAAGCUGUGGUGUUGAUAAAUAGACUUGAUACUGGCAAAUUUCCACGUCUGCUGUCUCGUAUUCUUCAGAAACUUCACUUGAAGGAUGAACAUUCAUUUAAUGAAGAAGAAAAGGAAAAGCUUCAAGCAGCACUUUGUCUGGAAAAGCAUGAACUUCGCUUGGUGCUAGAAACUGUAUCUUUUAUCUUGGAACAGGCUGCCUAUUAUAAUGUGAAGCCUGCUGCGCUUCAGCAACAGUUAGAGAAUAUCCACCUGAAUAAGGAGAAAGCAGAGGCUUUUGCCCAGGCCUGGACAAAUAUGGGCCAAGACUUCAUUGAAAAGUUGAGGCAAAAUACAUUUGCUCCUAAAAAGCUUGAAAAAAUUGGAUGGUGUCUUAACCUUGAAAUGGGCCAGUCAACUCAAGCCAAAAUGAAGUCACCUCAUGCUAUACUUGAACUUGGAGUCAACAGUGAAGACUCUGAGAAUACAGAAAGCAUUUUUGUGGAGUUUAACCAUAGAGAACUUCUAGAUUUUUACAAUAAGUUGGAAACUAUUCAAGCACAGUUGGAUUCUCUUACAUGAACAAGAUGUUCUCAUCCACAGAACGCACACUUGUCAACUGCAAAUUUAAUGACUGAGAAGUUUUCAUCACAUAAUACACACUGCAGAAAUCAAAUGAACUGUUCCCAGUGAUGCGGUAUUGCUAUGAUGUUACCACUUUUUGAUAUCUAUACCAGUCAAUUGUACUUGGCUUUCACUCCUUUUUACUAAAAAUUCAGUAGCACUUGAACUGCACGCUGUCAGACCAAAAGGUCCCCUCGGUAGAUUUAGAUUUAUUGACAAUAUUUUUGGAUGAAUUGAUGUUCUGACCAUGAUGUGAUUUUUAGAUUUGUCCUCAGCCAGAAUUAAAAAGGAUAUAUUCGAUUCAAAAGUACAAAUAAAAAUUGUAACGUAGCUCUAGGAUAGACUGAACAGCAAUAAUGGCUUUAAUUAGAUAUUGUCAUUGGAGGCUGGAUAAUUCAUGGGACUGCUCUUAUAUUUUCUCAUUUUGUUGCAUUCCAGUGACAGUUUAGAAUGACUGUAUCAAUCUAUAUAUGAUAUUUAUGAAUUUCAGGUUAUUAAUACAGACACCCUUCUGUAGAAUUGUACUUCCUAAAGCUAAAAGACAUUGUAAUCAUUUUUUGUUCCCGUCACAUUUUCCAUAUUGUACGUGUUGAAAACCAAACUGAGAUGUGUUACGUGCCAUGUCAUUGAUUAUAUUGCCAGUUGAAUUAAAGUGUCAGAACAAAUCUUUUUGUGGACUCCAAAUGUUCAUGGAAUUUCACACUAAGUUGAAGUGGAAUCAUCUGCAUGUAUUGAAAUAAAUAUGAAAAUGUUGA